CAUUCAGCGCGCUGCAGCCCGCCCGGCAGCCCGCGUUCCCCUCCCGCGCCCCGCUCGGCUCCCAGGGACCCCGCGCCGCAGCCGCCUCUCCCCGCCAGGACCCGUGCGCGCCGCGGCGGCCGCUGCGCCCCAGCCGUGCGCCUUGGGGCCGGGGAGCCGGCGCCUGGAUGCUGACUCCGGCCCCGGGGCGGCUUGUUCCCCCGCUGCGCGCGGGCUCCGGCAGCGGGCGAGCCCCCGCCCUGCGCUCGGGCUGAAGUUCGCACGCGGACCUGCCCGCGCUGGCUGGCGAGGACUGUACCCCGGCGCCCGUUUGCCUGCCGAGCCGAGCCUGCCCCGACCCCUAAGAUGAAGAGGGCGAUCGCUGAAGGAAGCAAACUGCUGAUUUUGGUGCUUUGCUUGAACAUCCAGUCGGAAGUGGAAUCUUGCCCCGGGGCGUGUGUAUGCUACAGUGAACCCAAGAUCACAAUAAGCUGUCAGCAGCAGGGACUGACAGUAAUCCCCACUGAGAUCCCCAUACAGACCCAGCGCAUCUUCCUGCACAAUAACAAGAUAACCCUGGUGAGGUCCACCAGCUUCAGUUCCUGCCGCAACAUGACGAUCCUUUGGAUCCAUUCCAACAACAUCAGCCUCAUCGAGUCCGGGGCAUUUUAUGGGCUUGACAAACUGGAGGAGUUAGACCUCAGUGACAAUGUGAACUUGAAGUCCAUCAAUCCCACCACUUUCCGGGGUCUCAUUCACCUUCACGCCUUACACCUGGAUCGCUGUGGGCUCCUGGAGCUCUCCACAGGGCUUUUCCGAGGGUUGUUCUCCUUGCAGCAUCUCUACCUUCAGGAUAAUAACCUGCAGAACCUGCUUGAUGACACUUUCCUAGAUCUUGCAAAUCUCACCUACCUGUUUUUGCAUGGUAAUAAAAUUAAGAGCUUGUCAGAGAAUGUCUUUCGUGGGCUGAUCAACCUGGAUCGGCUCCUGUUGCACCAGAACAGAAUCAGCCUGGUUCACCGCAGGUCUUUUCAUGACCUGGGGAAAGUGAUGACCUUGUAUCUGUUCAAUAACAACUUGACGGUGCUCACUGGAGAAACGAUGGCUCCCUUGGUGUCCCUCCAAUACCUUCGUUUAAAUAGCAACCAGUGGAUCUGUGAUUGUCAGGCUCAGUCCCUCUGGAAUUGGUUUAAACAGUUUAAAGGAUCUUCAUCGGAGCUGGAGUGCCAUCUGCCCACUAACUUGGCAGGGAGAGACCUCAAAAGACUGCAGAGCAGCGACUUGGAAGGAUGUAUCGACUCUUUCAAUCAGAUAAGAACAAGUGUUUUUAGUACUAAGACCAGAUCUGGCAAACUGCCAACCACCGACUCCCCACUAAAUUCCCGGGACGGCACCCAGAAGUGCUGCCAACCGGAAACAGAUAAAUCCUUUAUUUAUGAAGCCAAGGGCAAGGCAAGUCCAUCUUCACACAGCAGCCGUCCGUCCCCCAACAACCCUUUCAAAGACAAGGAGAACAUGUCCAAGACCAAGUACAUCGAAACGGACCCUUCCAAAAACGGGAGCAACAAGCAGAUAAACGACUCCCCUUUUGGGACCUUCCCCAGCGUUGUAGACCCUCCAUUGACCAAGUUGAAACCAGAAUUCCUAGCUCCCAUUCAACCCUCCACAGUCCCAACCAAAAAGAGGCAGGGAUGCUCGAAAAAAAACAAGUCGAAGGCCCAGUGCCGCCUCACCCAACAAGGAAACAGCUCCACAUUACAGCCAAGCCUAAAUCUUUUGCUUCCCCUCUUGGUGUGGAGCUUACUGUUGUUCUGCUAAAAGCAACUCUUUCCCUUGGCCAAUGACACGUGAACACCAGAAUUUUGCUGACCUCCAUAAAUGUUGCAAGAGUGAAGCAAACUGCUAUACACCCCAAGAAAGCUUUGUUACACAAAAGUUAACUGGAUGCCUUUAUAAAAAAAAAAGACAAAACCAAGAUGUACAUAAUUUAUUUGUCCUGAAACCUGUGAGUUAUACCUUUGGUCUUUGGAACUGCACUUACUCACAUAACAGCUGUUGCUACAGCAGAUGGUAAAGAAAUAGAAUUUAUACACACACACACACACACACACCAAAAGAGUAUGUAAGAAAAUGCUCCUGAAAGAAUGUUUAAAAUUUGUUUGUAACUUGAACUCAUACUGAACGGCGUUGCAAGUUCCCAUUUGCGGAGGUGAUGCAUUUGAUGCUACUUUACUCCUAUGUUUAUGAAUAUUGCCGUUUUACCGUGUUCAUUUCCGUCAUGCCAUGUUUAUGGGCAGCAUUUGUUAAAGAAUGCUGCCUUUUCCUUCACUAAGAUUGCAGUAUAUAUAGAUAUGCAUUUUAUUUUACUUGUGUACAAGUAUACAAAAAAAUAUAAAAUAAAGAUUUCUUUUUCCUAA